CUGGCUCACCUGUCUCACCUUACACCCGCCCUGAAGCUUAGUACCACGGCAUAAAGGUCUCGGGGAAUAAGCUAUUGUCAUAGAUCUCAGCCUCUCUUCGGAGUCAUAUGACUACUGUGUGUUGAUAUGGAACCACUCCACCAGGGCCUCGGUCGCUGUGCGUGCUGUUUCUGGCUCGCAGUAGCCUUUGACAUUGUGGGACUGGUCGUGCUUCUCAUCGGGGUGUUUGUGAACGUGUUUUUUUAUGACCUGCUUAUUUACGCUGGCGCCAUCGUCAUAUUUCUCAGCCUCAUCUGGUGGGUGUUCUGGUACUCUGGGAACAUCGAGGUGCCCCCAGCGGAGCUGGAGGAUGAUGUGGGGUUACUGAAAAAGGACAAGGGAGCUUUGAGCACAAUCAGCAGCUCGGUGAGGCGGCUCUCUAGCCGGGUUUCUAGCGGCAUCAGGAGCUCGUUCCGCAGGAACGGAGGUCAGUUCAGCACGGCACGCGCACAGAGGUCAGCCACCGGGCCACAGGCGGCCGUUGCUAUGGCGACAGUGACCCCGAAGGAGAAUACCCCGCACAUCCCGCUCCCCUCAACAAGCUGUGACGUAACGAUGCCACACACAACUACUGAGACU